AUGGCACGGAAAAGCAACAAGGAAAAGACACCGCCUUCUUCAGAGAUCUCGCAGAUUCUUCUGGAGGGAGAGGGACUUCUUAAAAAUAGCUCGCCUCUUUUAAGCGAGACACCCAUUCAGGAUUUCAAGGGCGCGCCAGACAGUGGGCUUGAUGGGUCUUUUCAGAUCGAAGACAAAAGCUACCAAUUCCCGCAAGAUGAUACAAACAACUCCUUCUAUGGGGACAUUAAGAAAGGGCCCUUCCACAGCACAAAACCAAUCAAUAAAGAUCUCACAGAUAGGAUUCUUUUCAAAGAGAUUAAAUUUCCGGCCCCAGCCAGGCGAGGGCGCAGAUACAGAAACGACCCAAAUGUACCGCAGCUCGUUGACCCUGAUGAAAGUCUGGACAUAGGCACAGGAUCGUUCCAAAGAAAGAGGCCCAUUAUAAAUCAGGAUAAAAACGAAGACCCUCAAAAAAUUGGCGCACUGCUCAAUGACGAAAAUAUGCCCACAGCAGACACCUCGUUUACCAAGUUUGUCGGAUUUAAAACUGCAGAGGGCGCAGCCCUGCACGUCUCCGAGGAGUGCAUGCACAAAGCACGGAGGAGCUUUGACUUUAUGCAGAGUCGCUCCCUUACUCGCGCGCCCCCAAAGCCAAAGAUCAUUCUUCCCCGGGAGAGAGAAAUCGCAGAGGCACAUGCCAUCUAUAAAAGAGUAAAGCAGGAGAUAUUCCCACUGACAAGGUCUAAAGAGGAAGAGUACAGCCUGUUUGUGCUAUUCCAAUGGGCAUGGAUUUCUGUUCUUAGGCAGAUAGAGAACAUACGCAAGAGAGGCGGAGACUCCCAGGCAGCCGAAAUUGAAAGAGUUGUAGUUGAAAAGGCCAAAGCCAAGUGGAGGGCAAACCCAAGGUCAGUGCUGCGGCGUAUUACAGAGCAGGACGAGCACGCAUCUGUCUACAUGAAGGUGCUCGUGAUUGAGGGAGGCACAUCCAUAAUCACCAUAACAGAUGGCCUGAAUUUCAUUAAGGCCCAGCUAGAUUACGAGCUACAGCGGAUUGCUAAGAGUAUAAAAGAAGGGAUGAUUCUGCAGGUUGCGUGCUCCAUCUAUCUCCUGAACCAUCCAGCCUCGAUAUACGAGGUGAAUUUGAAUGGAGCUGCAGUGAUUGAGCUGCAGUAUAAUGGAGUGAAGCCAUGCACAUCCGGCCCACUUGGAUACCAGAACACAUUUGGGUUCAUUCGGUCUCUUAGCUCGAUCAACCCGCAGGGUGGAUACAUCAACUGCCUGAUGCUUAGAGUUACCAAGAAGAUAGAGGUGCGGUAUGUCAUUGAUCUAAACGGGUCAAAGUCCAAUAUUGAAGAGGACCGCCUGGACAGCACUCUGGAAAGAAUAGAAAGAAGCAUAGACAAAAUUUGCUUCUCAGAGGAGGAAAGAAACAACGCACUCAACUCGGUAAAGCUGCGAAAGUACACGCGCUACGAAGUGGUCUGCGACUACUCAAGUAACCACACCACAGCAAUACUGUCUGUGUGGGAGGCUGCGUACAGUGACAAUCCGCUAAAGCCCGACCAAAGGUACCUUUUCUUCAUGCUGUCUCCCCCAAGGAAAACACAAACAACAGACAUAAUUCUACUGACCACCACCAUAAUAAGCACGUUCAGGAAGAUAUGA